AGCUUUAUAGAAUAUUGUGGCGACACCUAUAUCCGUCAGCUGAUCGACGGGUGAUUUGUUCAAUGACAAAGAAGACGACCUUAGCAAAUGCUUAUUUUCAUGAGAACGAAUAAUUUUCACCCUUUUCACCCAUUUAUGAGCUCAGUAAUCUUUGAUUCUUCAUUUUCUGUAUAAAACUCAAAAAUAAAAUCCGAUAUGGGCUCGGCAAAAGUCGCCGGUAAUUUUGACCAAUCAGAUAAUUCGCACCUGAUUAACUGCUCGCCUGUCACGGCUGUUUAGCAUUUCCGCUAUGGCGUCGUUAGUUGCAGAUUAUUCUGAUUCUUCUACUGAUGACAAUACUUACAGCGAUUCUGAUUCUAUUAUUGGAAGAAAAGAAGAAUUAAAAGAUGUCAAAGAAACAGAAACAGAAGCCUGUAAUUUUUUAUUUACAACUACAAAAGAGGACAGUGAUUAUGAUGAUAGUAACGGCGAAGAUUUAGAUAAUUCACCAGAAUCUGAAUCAAAUAAAAAGACAACUGAAAAGCUACCAAACCCUCUUUUGGGGGAUGUGCAAACGUCUUCGGUGUUCAUUAAUCCUUUUAAACAAGCAGAAUUAGACAAGCAGUCUGUGUUAGAGAAACAUGUUCAAAUGACAGAGAAACGGAAUUUAUCCAACAAGAAAGUUUGUUUCAAAUUCAAAAAAGGAAAAUGUUAUAAGGGCAAGAGCUGUCGCUUUUUACACGACAUAGACACAGUUAGAGGCACAGUGUAUAAUUCUAGUGAAGACUCUAGUAAUCAUAUCCCUGGUGCGGCUAUGCAAAGGUUUAUUGAAGAACCUGUGGAUGAUGAUAAUUAUCUAUUGAAUGCAAAACGUAAAAAGAGACAUGGUGUUAGUGAUCAUUUGAUUCCUCCGAAGAAGGCUCUGUUGUCAUUAGAGGAACAAAGAAGCAAAGAAAGACCUUGGACAAUGAAAAAAAAGAAAAAUUAGUGGACAGCUUAAUUUUUUUUUUUCAAAAGCAAUAGUGAUGAUAGUAUAAGGGUAUGAUUGUAAGCUUACAUAUUUGUAGCUCAAUCAAAUAUUCGCAAAAUGGCAUUGGUUCUUGAACAAUUGACAAAUUGCAAAAACUGUCAGCUCAAGGCUUCUAAUUUUUUUAUAGUCUUUAUUUCUGUCACUUUAAUGGAUCGUCUAAGGAGGUUCUUCAACAAGUGAGUUCUAUCAAACAAAGAUUAUCUGGUAUCCUUUUCGUUCGUUCGUUUCUGGAGUUUUACGUCCACUUCCACCUAAGGUGAUAUCGUAGACAAUCUGGUAUCCAGACAGGGAAGCAAUUUAUAGAUCUGGUAAAUUGUGAAAUGGUGUUGAGUUGAGGUGUAAACGCAGCAUACAUCUUUUGUGGUUGCUAGAAUUUGCCUCUGUGGUUGAAUCAAAACUUGAUGCUCAAGCAUUAAAGGUCACUGGAAAAGCAUCAUAAAUUGUUUAAAAAAUGCAAGUAAUUAUGUCAAUAUAUCCUUUCCAUACGUAUGACACGAACCCGAAUGUCAAUAUUACCUGCAACAGGUAAAUUUCAACGUUAGUAAUUUCUGCCGUUCUCCAUGAGUAGUCGUAACUUUCCGUCACUAAACAAUCUUUAA